AUUGCUUUUAUAGUAAAUUGUUGAAAUUGAACGUUUUUCUGAAUAAACUACAAAAUUAGCUGUCAAAGAACAUUAAUAGGAAGAUUGUUCUCGACUUUUGCAAAAUGUAUUUGUAUUAUUUUAAUUUAAAAUGUCUUUGUUAAAAUUGAUGGUGUAGCGACUGUUUAUUUAAAGAUAUAUUUAAAUUCUCAUCUACCUCCGUUCAUAAUAGACUGGAUCGUUUAGUGUAGAGGUUAGAGUUCUAGGUUGUAAAAUUUAAAAGUCAUUGACCAAGCAGUACACAAAAAUGUUUUGUUGGGGUAAUGCAACUCAUCACGAACUGUGUAUUGAAGGCCAUGAAACUAUUGAUUUGGUCAUAAAACCAACUUUGUCAAAAUGGAAAGAGAGCAAUCACAUUCGUCUGGUGGCAGCUGGGGAGUUCCAUUCCCUUUACCUGACAAAUCAGGGGCACCUCUACUCGUGCGGUAGCAAUGAAGUUGGCCAGUUGGGCCGACACACGGACAGCAGAGAAGGGAAGUAUCCAGCUUCAGUGGAAAAGCUAAAGGAGUUUAAAAUAUCAGCUGUAGCCUGUGGCUUGCAACACUCGCUAGCCUUGAACGAGUGGGGCCAGCCGUUCAGUUGGGGAUGCAACAGCAUGGGGCAACUCGGGCUUGACCCCAAGAAUGAUUCACACUCCCAUAACCUCCCAGCUAUUGUGAGACCACUGGCUACAAAGAAUGUGCUACAAAUUGCUUGUGGUUCCUACCACUCAAUAGCACUAACAAAUAAUGGUGACCUGUACGCUUGGGGGGCCAACUCUUACGGCCAGUGUGGCCUGGGCACCAUGUCCAGUAAGGAAUCCGUGCCUCUACCUAUUACGUCGCUGCUUGGCGUGCCAAUAGCUUUAAUAGCUUGUGGCAGUAACCACACAUUUGCCUUAUCUAAGUCUGGUGCUGUAUUUGGUUGGGGUAAAAACACACAUGGACAAUUGGGACUGCAACACAAAGAUAACAGAUGCUAUCCUUCACACUUGAAGUCUUUACGAGAUGUAAAAGUAUGUCACAUUGCCUGCGGGGAAGACUUCACGGCCUUCCUAACGUUGGAUGGCGGAGUGUUCACUUGUGGGAACGGCGAGUAUGGCCAGACUGGCCACGGAACUACGCGAGAUGAACUUUUCCCUAGAAAGGUUAUGGAGCUAAUGGGCAGUACAGUGACCCAAGUGGCAUGCGGCAGACGUCAUCUGCUAUGCCGUGUCGGAGAACGCAUCUUGGCCUGUGGAUACGGCGCCCGAGGACAGCUGGGAUGCCCACACAUGGCCUUAGCGCUGGUACCAACGCCGGUAGCCUUUACGCCGAGCGAGGAGUCACCAACUGAAAAUCCAGGCCACAGUAAGGUGAAUACAUUUGCCUUGCCAAAGAAGAAAACGAAGGUCGAGAUCGCCACGGCACUUCGCCACGAGGCGGGCUCGUCUAAACGAAAUUUCUCUCCGGACAUCUUCAGCGGGCCAAUAAAAGUUUUCGCAGGCGGUGACCACAGCUUCUUAGUUCUGAACUGCGACAGGAUAUCAGCUGACUACCGAGUGCCGGACCAUUCCAAACAGAUACUGACCCUGAGCAUGUCCAAACUGACAGCUUGCGAGGUGUUCAAGGAUGAUGAUGUUGUGAAUCAGGACCUGCUAGCCUACCUAGAGACAGUAUUCGGGUCAAUAGCGUGCGUGAACGCAUCGUUUCUGUUGCCACAUAACGCGCACUUCGGAUGCAACACUAAGACGCCAGGCGUCGACCUUAAAAGUGCGGAGGAGGCCUUCGCACUCAUCAGCAGGCUGGAAAACACUUCUAUAAAGGAACUGAUCUUCAAUCACCUAGCCGAGGACGUAAUAAAGAAAAUGAAGGCUUCCCCGCCUGAUGCGGAGGCGUUAAGGUUAUUCCUCACGCUGCCUUUGUACCACGAAAUGCGGAACCCUCGGCGACAUCCAGAACUACAGGGACCAUUCGCAGAAGCAUAUAACAACCUAUCCGUGCACCCCCAAAGGAUAGUCAACAUGUGGUGGGAGUCCCAAUCUGCGGAAUACUUCGAAAUGCUGGUUGAUAUAUUCAAGAGUGUUAUUGUUUAUGAGUUGAUGCAGCCAGUGGUCCGAGCCAAUAAGAAAAUAUAUUUCACACACAGCAUAGUCCAAAUUCUAAACACGCUGUCAUCACUAAACAAAACAAACUUUAUGAAUCCCAAGAAGCCUAAGAUACCAGCAGAGUGUUUUUACAUCGACGAGCUAUGCAGCUAUGUGGACAUAGCGACAGACUACAUCAACUGGCUAUCCGACCAUAGUUCAACGCAGCCGCAUAUGUGCAACUAUCCCUUCCUCUUCGACGUCCAAUGCAAGUCCUUGCUGUUGAAAAUAGACCAGCAGUUGCAAAUGCAAGUGGCCAUAAGCAGGGCUGCUACACAGAUAUUCACGCGGUUGUUCACCGACCCUACUUAUGAUUACCAUCAAGGAGACCAGUUUUUGAACCUGACUGUGUCAAGAAAUCACAUAGUGAGGGAUACGAUGUUGCAAAUCAGCAACCACGAUACGUCGCAGUUGAAGAAACCGCUAAAAGUAGAAUUCGUAGGCGAAGAGGCAGAAGACGCCGGUGGUGUCAGAAAAGAGUUCUUCAUAUUAUUAUUGAAGGAAAUAUUCGAUCCAGUGUACGGCAUGUUCAAACAGUCGGAGGAAACCAACAUGAUCUGGUUCUCGAACAACCCAUUUGAAGAAGAUAUCAUGUAUUAUUUGAUUGGUGCUAUAUACGGUUUAGCGAUAUACAAUUCGAUAAUCAUCUAUGUUCCCUUCCCGUUGGUCCUAUACAAGAAGUUGCUGGGCGAGUCUAUCAUGUUGGACGACCUCUCUGAUCUGUACCCGACGCUUGCUAACAGCUUGAAAAGCUUAUUGGAAUACCCAGAUGAGGAUGUGGAAGAUGUAUUCAGCCUCUGCUUUGCCGUCAACACAGAGGUCUUCGACCAAAUACAAGUGCACGCGUUGAAGGAAGACGGCGAGAACGUGCCGGUCACGCACGAGAAUAAACAGGAAUACGUCGACUUAUACGUCGACUUUUUGCUCAACAAGUCCGUCGAGACACAGUUCAAGGCUUUCAAUCAAGGGUUCCAGAAGGUCUGUGGCGGAAGAAUAAUAAAGUUGUUCAGAUCUCACGAGCUCAUGUCGGUGGUGAUCGGCAACGAGGAGUACGACUGGGACAUGUUUGAGAGCAACUGCGAGUACAAGAAUGGAUAUUCAGCUAACGAUCAACAAGUCAGAUGGUUCUGGGAAGUAUUCCAUGAGCUAGCGAUCGAGGAUAAGAAAAAGUUCCUUUUGUUCCUCACUGGGAGUGACAGAGUUCCUAUACAAGGCAUGAGGGAUAUCAAGAUAAGAAUCCAACCCGUGGCCGACGACAGAUACUUCCCAGUAGCCCACACAUGUUUCAACCUGCUAGACUUGCCCAGGUACAAAACCAAAGAGCGUCUCAAAUACUACCUCUUGCAAGCCAUCCAGCAGACACAGGGAUUCUCGCUCGUCUGAUCAAGGUAAUAGAGUUUUAAUUUGCUCAUUAGUGGUCCCGUUGUCACGCCACUUCGACCCGCACUAACCUUAUUAAAUCACGUGUCGAAAUUAAUAGUUACGGCUUUUAUCAACUUAGGACUGCUUAUUCAAGUAUUUGAAGAAGAAAAGGAAUUUUACAUUAUAAUUUUUAUUAUAACCACGUAUAUUUUGAUUUUAUUUUAUUGAUAUGACACACCGUAUAAGUUUUUAUUUCAAUUUAUGUUUUUAACCAUGAAUAUCCAAACUGAUUAAACGAUCCUAGUCAAAGCCAUAAUAAGACACAUAAGUAAAAACAAACUCGAUUCCUUUUUAGUUACCAGAUAAAGGUUUUAGUAAAUAGCAUUAAAUUGUAUUGUCAGUCCCAUUUUACAUUAAUAUUUCAGAAUCAGUUUCAUUAUGAUCCACCGAUCUUCUCAAUAGUAAAUUUGUCUUCCAUACGACAUUGCCAUAUUGUGGUUAAAUAACUACAUGUUACUAAAACACUAUUGUUAAAAUAUUGUAAAACUUUUUGCAUUUCGUCAAAAAUUUCGACUGAGAUCUAAUAAAAAGGGCUGAUUCUCUGUAUCCAAUCAUUUCUGAAUCUUGAUAGAAUCGGCCAAUUGUGUAAUAUUGUAAUAGCUAGUAAAAUGUAGGUAGACACUACACAAAUUGCCUUUGCUGAUCAGAAAUCGUUUGUGCUGUGAUGAGUGUGACAGUUGUAAAUCCAUAAGUCUGCAUUUAGUGGAGUACAGGACUUUAAAUAUAUUUUAUUUUUAGAUACGAAAAAGACAAUGUAACGAAUCAAACAGUUUAUUAGGUUAAUUGUUGAGCACGUCACUUUGACGUUUAGAAUUUUUGCCCAACAUUGGGCACACUGUGUGAUGCUGAUUUUUAAUUUGUUUGUUGCUUAUUUUUAUAUUUCUCGCUUAAAUUAGAAUGCGGUCACAAACUGUACCAACUUGACUUUUUAAUUAAUGUUAUACUUGAAAGAGCGCUUGAGCGUUUUGUUUAGAUCAAUGAGUAAAUAAUGAAUUAUAAAUAAUUUCAUCAAUAUUUUGUCUUUUAUAAUAAUAUGAAUGAUGUGUCGUGAUUGUAAUUAAAAUUCAUUGUUUAAAUUGAGAUUAUUUCGAAGUCAAUUGUUAAAAUCCGUUGUUUCCUAUUUGUAACGUUUUAUUAUACAAUCUGGAUACGAUAAUAAUUUGGUGCCUUUCUUAACAUAUUGAUAUUUAUAUUGAUUUAUAUAAUCUACGUAUAAAUAAUAAUCGAGCAUCAUUCUUUGUUAUGGUAUAUUUAUCAGCUGUAUUGUUUUAUGAAGACAUGAAAGUGCAUUUUAUCUGCUUUAAGUGUGCCGAUAUUUUGGUUCGAAUAGCAGAAUGUGAGAAUUUAUUAUCGUGGCCAUUAUUUUACGGAACAAAUGUGUUAAAUGAACAAAGCUAUAUUUUUUAAGUAUGUUAUUAAGGCCUAUUGUUGUCGGCACACUGACUGUGUAUACUUUAGAAUAACUUACUAAUAACGGCUUAACUAUAAGUGUGAACAUAUUCAUGAACAUGAACAGUCCAUUUAUUCAGUAAUUAAAUUAUAUUAAUACACGAGUGCUUGUAUCAGUACCGAUCUAUAAUGUUGCACCGAUGUCACUUUUAAUUUUGCUGUUAUUAGUAAGACUGUGACUUGUUUUGUACUGAUUGUAUUUUAGUAAAAUUAUACAUUGUUACCGACUUGUCGCAAAAGCUUAGUGUACAAACGAAUAUAAGUAUUUAUUUAAACGUUGUUUGGGACAAUGGUUGUAGCCAUACGUUUGUAAAUAACUUGGUUACCGCUGUGAUAUUAAGGGUAUGUAUUGAGGCGUUGCUGACAAUAUGAAUGCUUCGUAAUAGUUGGUUUUGUUACAAACUGUACAGACUGUACAUAGGACAUACGUAGCUUGGCUAGAUUGUUAUUGUUUGGAAGCAUUUUGGAGUGCACUCUGAUGUAGCUGUUACAGCGUGGUUUGUACACUAUGUAUGUAUUGUAUGAUAAUAUAAUAUUUUCGUAUGCA